UGGUGGUUGGUCAGCGGCAAUUGUACACUUGUGCAGUAAGCUUAAUAUUGUGCGGCACUUUGCAUUUCAUCUUCGUUUAUUUACGCUCGGUGGCCGGCAAGAGGUUAUCUCUCAAUGUUUAGUUGUCGUUUAUUCAUUCAAACGUGGACUGAACGCUGAUUACCAUUUUAUGAUACACUAAUUUAAUAGCUUUAGGACUAUAAAAACUGUUCUAUUAAAAGCGUAAUUGGUUAAUUAAGUAAUUUACUUGAUUACGUUACGAUGGCAGACCCAGCUGUAGUGUUGGCAAAAAAGGCGAAGAUCGAAGAAGGGAAAAUCAAAGACGACUGUAUUAGUUAUGAUAUUGAUGCAUAUUUUGAAAAAUGCAGACCAGAUAAAGGUAGUAAGUGCACUUGGACAAAAGAUUCAUGCGCUAAAGAUUCACCUCAUAUUCACAAUGAAAAUGUAAAUAAUAAACAUGAAAUUUUACCAAACAUAUUGCACGCCAUUGGCAAUACACCUUUGGUGAGGUUGAAUCGAAUACCUCAAUCCGAGGGUAUUGAAUGCGAGAUUUUGGCUAAAUGUGAAUUUUUGAAUCCCGGUGGUAGUACUAAAGAUAGAAUUGGAUGGAAAAUGGUUGAAGAUGCUGAACGUCAAGGAUUGCUAAAACCUGGAAUUACAAUAAUUGAACCAUCAUCGGGAAACACUGGAAUUGGGUUAGCCAUGGCUGCUUCAGUUAAGGGAUAUGGUUGCUUGGUAGUGAUGCCAAUGAAAAUGUCUCGUGAAAAGGUAGAUGCUCUACGAUUGCUAGGUGCGAAAAUUGUACGCACACCUACAGCAGCUGCCUUUAAUGAAUUGGAAGGUUUGAUACGUGUAGCACAUAAGUUACAUUUAGAAGAUCCUGAAAAUACCAUAAUACUUGAUCAAUAUCGUAACAAAUAUAAUCCACUGGCACAUUUUGAUGGGACUGGCCAAGAAAUAUUGGAACAAACAAACUAUAAAGUUGAUGCAGUAGUGGCUGGUACUGGUACAGGUGGUACAAUCACAGGCAUUGGCAGGAAGUUGAAACAAGCACUUGGAGAUAAAUGUCGCUUAAUAGCAGCUGAUCCUUAUGGUAGCAUCUUAUCACUGCCUGAAAGUCUCAAUGAAACAGAUAUACAGAUGUAUGAUGUAGAAGGCAUUGGUUAUGAUUUUGUGCCAACAGUAUUGGAUAGAUCAGUUGUAGAUGAAUGGAUUAAGACUGAUGAUAAGCACUCUUUUCCCAUGGCUAGAAGAUUGGCACGCGAAGAAGGAUUGUUGUGUGGUGGAAGUAGUGGUUCAGCUAUGCAUGUUGCUCUUCAAGUAGCCAAGACUAUGAAGAAAGGUCAAAGACUAGUCGUAAUAUUGCCUGACGGUAUACGUAAUUAUAUGUCCAAGUUUGUCCAAGAUGAGUGGAUGCGUGAAAAAGGACAUGAUCUCAUUGAAGAUGAGCAGCAAUUGCCCCAGAAAAAUUAAUAAGAAUAUAAGGUAUUUUCUUAAAUACAUAAUUUAUAUUGUUUUAUAAUAAAAUCACAUCAGAAAGGAUCUGUCACAUUUUAGAUUUCAUGUUAUUAAAUAAUACACUGACAAAAUAAUAAACAGUAUUUGUAAUUUGUA